ACGCUGACCGUGUGCACAUGAUGAAUCCCAUGGCCCAGCUGUACUACAAGAAGGCGAGCUACUCGCCGUACCGCGACCGCAUCCCGUUGCAGAUCGUGCGGGCGGAAGCGGAGCUGUCAGCGGAGGAGCGGGCGUACCUGACGGCGGUGGAGAAGGGCGACUAUGCCGGGGUGAAGCUGGCCCUGCAGGAGGCGGAGAUCUACUACAACAUCAACGUGAACUGCCUGGACCCGCUGGGGCGCAGCGCGCUGCUCAUCGCCAUCGAGAACGAGAACCUGGAGGUGAUGGAGCUGCUGCUCAACCACGGCGUGCACGUGGGCGACGCACUGCUCUACGCCAUCCGCAAGGAGGUGGUGGGCGCCGUGGAGCUGCUGCUGUCCCAUCGCAGGUCCAGCAGAGAGAAACAGGUGCCCAACCUGAUGAUGGAUACCCAGUUCUCAGAGUUUACCCCUGACAUCACACCCAUCAUGCUGGCAGCUCACACCAACAACUAUGAGAUCAUCAAGCUGCUGGUCCAGCGCAAGGUGACCAUCCCCCGGCCCCACCAGAUCCGCUGCGACUGCGUGGCCUGUGUGUCCAGCUCCGAGGUGGACAGCCUGCGUCACUCACGCUCCCGCCUCAACGUCUACAAGACCCUGGCCAGCCCGUCCCUCAUCGCCCUGUCCAGCGAAGACCCCAUCCUGACUGCCUUCCGCCUGGGCUGGGAGCUGAAGGAGCUAAGCAAGGUGGAGAACGAGUUCCGUCAGGAGUACGAGGAGCUGUCCCAGCAGUGUAAGCUGUUUGCCAAGGACCUGCUGGACCAGGCCAGGAGCUCUAGAGAGCUGGAGACCAUCCUCAACCACCGCGAUGACCUCAGUGAGGAGCUAGACCCACAGGACUGCCGUGACCUGGCCAAGCUCAAACUAGCUAUCAAGUACCACCAGAAAGAGUUUGUGUCCCAGCCAAACUGUCAGCAGCUUCUGGCCACCCUGUGGUACGACGGUUUCCCCGGGUGGCGCAGACGCCACUGGGCGGUCAAGCUGGUCACCUGCUUCACCAUCGGCCUGCUCUUCCCCAUCUUCUCCCUGGUCUACCUGCUGGCCCCUAGGAGUGCCCUGGGCCUCUUCAUCAAGAAGCCCUUCAUCAAGUUCAUCUGCCACACAGCCUCCUACCUGACUUUUCUUUUCCUCCUCCUCCUGGCCUCCCAGCACAUCGUGAGAACAGACCUGCACGUCCAGGGCCCGCCGCCCACCGUGGUGGAGUGGAUGAUCCUUCCCUGGGUGCUGGGCUUCAUCUGGGCUGAGAUAAAGGAGAUGUGGGACGGCGGCUUCACUGAGUACGUCCAUGACUGGUGGAACCUGAUGGACUUUGCCAUGAACUCUCUCUACUUGGCCACCAUCUCACUCAAAAUAGUUGCUUACUUCAAGUACAACAGCUCUCGGCCGCGGGAGGAGUGGGAGAUGUGGCACCCGACGCUGAUCGCCGAGGGCCUGUUUGCUAUCGCCAACAUCUUCAGCUCCCUGCGCCUCAUCUCCCUGUUCACAGCCAACUCCCACCUGGGGCCUCUGCAGAUCUCCCUGGGACGCAUGUUGCUGGACAUCCUCAAGUUCCUCUUCAUCUACUGCCUGGUGCUGCUGGCCUUCGCCAACGGGCUCAACCAGCUGUACUUCUACUACGAGACCAAGGCCUCGGAUGAGCCCAACAACUGCAAGGGCAUCCGCUGUGAGAAGCAGAACAACGCCUUCUCUACGCUGUUUGAGACGUUACAGUCCCUGUUCUGGUCGAUAUUCGGCCUGCUCAACCUGUACGUGACCAACGUGAAGGCACGCCAUGAGUUCACGGAGUUUGUGGGAGCCACCAUGUUCGGUACCUACAACGUUAUCUCCCUGGUGGUGCUGCUCAACAUGCUCAUCGCCAUGAUGAACAACUCCUAUCAGCUCAUCGCUGAUCAUGCGGACAUUGAAUGGAAGUUUGCUCGCACCAAGCUGUGGAUGAGUUAUUUUGACGAGGGAGGAACUCUCCCUCCGCCCUUCAACAUCGUCCCCAGCCCCAAGUCAGUGUGGUACCUGUGUGUGUGGACGCACAACCGCCUGUGUGGACGGGACCAUCCCAGUCCUGACAACCCGAGGAAACACGAGAACUUAAAGGAGUUCACGGAGCGGCAUGCUGACAACCUGAUUCAGAACCAGCAUUAUCAGGAGGUGAUCAGGAACCUGGUAAAGAGGUAUGUAGCAGCCAUGAUCCGCAGUGCUAAGACAGACGAGGGUCUGACAGAGGAGAAUUUUAAGGAGCUCAAGCAGGACAUCUCCAGUUUCCGCUACGAGGUGUUAGACCUGUUGGGGGACAGGAAGCCUCCGCGGAGGACCUACUCAUCCAGCAGUGAGGCUACCCAGCAGGACGAGGCCAACGAGGAAGAAGGGGCUGGACAGGCCCAGGGUCAGUCCAGGGACCAAGGGGCUAAGGGGGUAUCCUUCAGCACGUCUAUCGCUGAGAGGAAGAACAAGGACUCUGGGUUCAGCGUCUCCGCCCUCUUUAAGUCCAUGUCAGGGGCAGAGGGGGCAGUGGACAACAAACCAAAGUGCAACGGGCUCAGGUUCUCCUCCUCCCCCCCGCCCUCUGCUGCGUUAACCCGCAGUAGUGGCCGGCUGCAACGCUUCUCCAAGUCCAAAAGAGACUCCAUCAGGCGGCUGGGCCUGCUCUUCUCCCGCAUGAACGGACACGUCCCAGAGCCCAGGUCCCCUCCUCCCAGGAUGCACCAGCCCACCUACAGCAUCUCAGGCGGUCUGCUUCGGCAGCCCACAACCUGGCCGGACAUCCAGAUCCCCCCCAAUCCCCCGGUUACACACAGCCUGUUCCACCUGGGGGUGAACCUGAACGAGCUACCACAUGGCCCUCCCCAGGCCCUGCCAUUGGGGUCACCCCAGCAGGCUAACGGAAGUGACAGUCUGCUCCUGCGACCCGCGGGCCACUCCUUACCACCGCCAGGCCACUCCCUGCCACCCCUGCACUGUGCUUCCAGCAUCACGGCCUCCAGCUCCCGGGCUGUCCUCCUGGGCUCUAGUGAGGACAUGUUUGAGGGCUGGAUAGGACCUUGUGACGAGCUGGACUCCUCUGAGGGGGGGGCUGAGCAAGAGGACUCCAUCACAACACAGCUUUAGAGAUCCCCCCAGGAAUAAUGACAGAAUACUACUAUGUUCAGGUCACUCUGCUGAAAGGACAGAAAGAAUAAGUGGCUGACCCAAGUAUACAAAACCCAGGACUCAUUUUCACAAAGAUAUCAUAGCAAAGUAGGAAGAUUCUAAACAUAUAAUGAAAAAAAAAAGCUUUUAUCUAUUGCAAUAUAACUACGUUUGCAUACUGCCACCUACCUGUGAUCCUUAGAUCAUUGGGUCUGUAAGCUCACCAUCCUCUCUUAACACUUGUUUUCAUACAGUUCAGACCCAGUUAUUUAUAUUUUACUCAUCAAAAUAUCACUUGAGAUUAAAAUGGGUUCAUAUACACAGCAGAGGUAUCACCAUUGUCCAAACUUCUACUCUCUUACACAUAUGUUUAAUCUCGUUGCAAGUUUGUCUUUUACCAGACUGUUUUGCAGUGUUGAUCCAUAUGCACAUGUUUUCCUCAUGUGCCAAAUUUCCCCUACAGGGUGUUCUGUUUGGUAUGUCAUAUAACCUAAACAUGAACGGUUAUUAUCAUGGUAGACAAGGUCAUUUAUUUCAGGCUUGCAGGUUGAAUCUUUACAAGUUGUUUUUGGACAAUUAACUAAUAAUACUGUUCUCUGUUUUUCUACGAAAGUUGUAUUUUUCUAUAUUUUCUUGGAAAUAAGACACUACCAGUUUUGGGCUAUUGAGACAGGUAAUGCACGAUAUUAGCAGAGUAACAUUUAUCCAUGGUUUUAUGUUUACUCUUAAUCUAAUUUAUUUUUCAAGAUGGCUGUGAAUUAUAAUACUCAAGAUCAAGUUAUGAGAGAACCUACGAAAACAAUGUUUAAUUGCUGUCAAAAACAAGCUUGUAUACAAAUACAUUUAUUUGAUAAUGAGAAUGAUCUAAAAUACAUUACAUUUGACUGAUUCUUAGAACUAGGAUUCCAAGAUUGGGCCAUCUAAUAUGAUGGCGUCUAACUGUGGUCACACAAAACGCCACUGAAAUGUCCAAAAAUAGCUAUACUCUGGGCAAUUGUGACAGCGCAAUGCAUUCGCUAGUUGCAGUAUUCAUGGUUUACCUUAAUGUGCCGUCUCAUCAAUUAAAAAUUAACACUUUUACGAGUUCGGAUUCUCGUCAUCUGAGGAAGCAGUAGUUGAUAAAAGUUUGGUAUUUUGGCGUGGACGGUGGUCGGGGAAGCCAGCCCCCGGUCAUGGAUCCGGACCUGAUCAACUCUAUGCGACGGAGAUGUGUCCCACUGCAUCAGGCAAAUAGUGGUCACACCAGAUACUGACUGGUUUUCUGAUCCACGCCCCUACCUUUUUUAAAGGUAUCUAUCCGUGACCAACAUAUGCAUAUCUGUAUUCCCAGUUAUGUGGAAUCCAUAGAUUAGGGCCUAAUGAAUUUCUUUCAACUGACUGAUUUCCUUAUAUGAACUAACUCAGUAAAAUAUUUGAAAUUGUUGAACGUUGCGUUUAUAUUUUUGUUCAGUAUAUUUUCCAAUCGGUUCGUUCUGAACAGAACCAUAAUUAUCGUUCCGUUUUCACUGUUCUGACCAGCAAAAUAAAGUCAAGAACAGCUUGGAACGGUUUUUUGCGUUUUUUUUCCUGGGACUGGAAUAAAAUGCCUGGAACGUAAAAUAACGUUAACCUGUUCCCAUGCUUUUAUUAAAUACUAUGAGGGUGGUUGAAUAAGCCAUGGAGUUCAGGUGGGUAACAGCGCUAAAUCUAUAUACGGCUCUAGUUCCUUGCUGAUAUGCCGCAUUACGAUAUAGGUGUCUGGGCCCAUACAGAGUUCCAAUGCAGAAAAUACUAUUCCUAUACAGUACAAUGAAGUUCAUGCUGUGGAUUAGACUAGUCCUUUGAAGCUUAAAAUAUGACUGCCAUUACAAAGUGUAAAUAGGAUAAAGUGAAUCGUCCCAAAAUUGAGAUUUGUGAAAUGAUAGGAAAAUAUUGUAUGUAACGGAAUUAAAUGUACCGUAACAGUUUUUGGGUUGUGUUUUCACGCCUGCCCACAGCACCAAAGUAACCAUCAAUUCGGAGCGCAGCUGCACAAGACCCAAUCGUAAUGCCCAUGGUCAAUUUGAUUUGACAUUGGAUAUCCCUAUGGGGCUAGUUAGGGACAAUCAGUAAAUUACACAAAGUACACAGGACAAUAUUUUAAAAUGUCAAUCGCUCCACAAUUAAAUGACUUAAGCCUCAAACUAAAAAUUGUAGAAAUACAUAAAAGUAGUCCCAUUUACAUUGUGUAAUAUACUGACGGUCCCUAACUAGCGCCACAGACUGGAUAGCCUAUGUCAAACCAAAUCUGCCAGGGUUGCACACCAGCCAAGUGAAGCUAAUUGGCGAAAUAAAUUGGCUAGCCUGGGCAACUUCAAGACCUGUUAAAUUAUCUAGGAUACAGUAGGUGACACUAUACUGCAGAGGUGUCUAAACUCAAUCCACGGAAAUUCGACUGUCUGGAGGUUUGUAGUUUUUCCCUUCCAAUUAAGAGCUAGACAACCAAGUGAGGGAAGUUAAUUACUACUUCCGGAACAUUAUUCGAUCAAAUGCAAGGGUGGAGUGAACCCUUUCUUAUUUGUCUAUUAACUAAUAUCUGGUAAUAUCACCAGGCAGGCCAAAACUACAUACCACCAAAACAGGCUGAAAUUUAAUGCGGUCUUUUCCGACAGCCCUUACACUAAAUUAUUAUUACACUAGCACAUUAUAAUGUUCACAGUAUUCCAACCUUCGUGAUUUUCCUAUGUGUUAUAUUUUCACACUGACUGCGCUGGGCCUUUAAUGACAAAGCUGAAAACAAGGCACUCAGUUCAGCCCUGCCAGCUCUCCUCCCGAAACUGAGUUAUAAACUACACAUUUUAACACUACCCAAGUACCAGUGAGCACUUUCCAUGGUGCUGAUCAUGACAAAGGGUAGCAACAUCAGCCUUGUGCUGGCCAGGGUUCUGGAACCUCAGAUACCACCAUCAUACCAAAUGACUUCUCUAAAGCAGGGCUCUCCAACCCUAAUCUAGCACACAUGAUUCUAAUAACCAGCUCAUAUAUAAGAUGAAAUCAGGUUAGUUACAACAGGGGUUGGAGCAAAAACCUAGACUGAGUGUAGCUCUCUAGGAACAAAUUGGGGAGCCCUGCUCUAAAAAGGUAACAAAUUGUUACAACUUCUGGGUAACAUAACUUUUUUUAAUUAAGCAAAAAAAAAAAAAAAAAAAAACAUUAAUAUUAACAUAAACAUCCCUGAACAAUGUGGGGAUGGAACCGCAGCUGUGUC